UAUAUGCAGCUAGGUUACCGCGACCAUACUCGAUAUUUGACUUGAAGCUAGUUCACACAAGUUAGUCUCAUCAUAACGCUGAACAUGCCGCCUAAAAAAGUCCCCACUUCCAAAACGUCGUCUACACCUGUUAAAUCCAAAGGAACCACCACCAAACCUGCGGCAAAGAAGGCUGACAGCCAAAAAGCUGAGGCAGCAGCAGCAGCAGCCGCCCCUCCACCGAUGCCGCCGGUGACGACUAUAAGUAUGAAGGCCCUCGGUAGACUGACGGAAGAAGCCAACAGCAAGGAUCCCAAAAAAUGGCCCCUCGUCAUCGACCUUCAGGGAAACGUGGCCACCUUCUUCAGAUACCGCGAUGCUAACGUCUUGCAGGCCGAGCUUCCAGGUGACCUGGACGCCGACAAACUCAGGAGAGCACUCUUGGGUGCACUGAGGUUCGGCAAACCACUCGUGCUGGACAUGGGGUCACAUGACAUCAGAGAGGUCGAGAUGGUGAAUGACGUUGAGAAGAACUUGCUUGAUUCCCUUCUGGACAAGACACUCUUGGACGAUGAAAGAUACCUGACACUGGUCAAGGACCAGGACGAGAAGGAGUACCACAACUCCGCCUACUACGCCACCGACAGGUUCAGCUUCGUUGUCAUCACCACCAACCCCAGCCCCAACACACUCAUCGCUGCCAGAAUGACCUGCUUCCAGGUGGAGUGACGACAGCGUGGACAGACUUUACCCAGGGAUAUUGUGCUGUGUGUUUGCUAUUUCCCUAUUUGUCCCACCGGAGUUGAGCUGUGUUAAUGCUGUCGAGAAGCAAGUAUGGGGGUCGACGUUUAAGUAGUCGGUAAUUAAACCGCUGGUAAUGGCUGAUCUUGGUGAAAUCUUCAUUAACCAUGAAAAAAUGAAAAGGGAUUGUGCACAGAUUGCGUACAAAUAUAAAGUGCCAUUUGUGGAUGUUUCGUUGGAUUUUAAAAAAAAAAUGUUUAUCUUGGAAAUAACAAAGCUUUUGUCUAAGAAACCUUCAAUUACAAGUUUCUGAUUUUUAUCUAUUUUAUGUUAAGGGUUCCGAAAACAAAGCUUUCGCAGCGUUACGAAUCAUCGUAAUAACAGACACGGACUGACCUUACCAAGGAAUAUUGUGUUGUGUGUUUGCUAUUUCCCUAUUUGUCCCACCGGAGUUGAGCUGUGUUAAUGCUGUCGAGAAGGAGCAUGUCGCCGGACGUUUAAUCAGUUGGUAAUAAAACCACUGGUAAUGGCUGUUAUAGGUUGGGCACAGAUUGGCUUCUGCUUAUCAAUCACAAAUGUAAAGUGCCAUUUGCAGACAUUGUUUUGUUAUUUAUAAAUUUCGUAUAUCUUGGAAAUAACAAAGUGUUGACCUUCAAUUACAAGUUUCUUAUUUUUUCAAUUUCUUGUUUCGAUUUUUAACUUGCUCGCAUUCUUUCCAAAGAUUACCAUGACUUGUAUACUUUUCCUUGAUUGACCAUGGUCAAGUUUAUGGCAAUAAAAUAUUUUGAUAGUCA